GUGGAAGGAUCUCUGGACUAUGGUAUCGAAUCUCGAUUUCAACAACCGCCUGACUUACAAGGAUCUGAUCGGCUCCGGCGACGUUGAUAACUCUCUGCCAGAAGAGACGGAAGAGAGGAAGGCAGUGAGAUUCUUCGGUUUCGUCGAGAGGGUUCUGAGGCAGCACAGCAAUCUGGAUUCUCUAGGCCGUUUCCGCUUCCAUUUGACAGCGUCAGAAGGUAACUGCAAGGUGAUGCAAGGUUGCUUGGAUAAGAUGGAAUUGGUGUUUGGGUCUCAGAUUGAGGCAAUUGAGUGGUGGGUUUGGGACGCAACGCGAUUUAGGAAUCUCCCAUCUAUAUGGCGGCUUCCAGAGAGCUUCUACACUUUGAAGAAUCUUAAAGAUGUGAAUCUCCACCAUGUUAUAAUGGGUGCGGACGGGCCAGUUUCUCUUCCUAGUUUGAAAAACUUGAACCUUUGGAAAGCCAAAUUUACAGACUUUGACUCAUUAAGCAGGCUCAUUUCCGGUUGCCCUGUUCUAGAGACACUUUGUCUGGAGUAUUGCGCCGUAGUAGUCGCGAACGAGAACGAUUUUCUCAUUGCUUCCAUGCCAUCCUUGAGAAACUUGAGGAUCGUUGGUUUAGGCAAUGAUGGUUAUGAGGACUUGUGCCCCAUUGCGAUGGAAGCACCAAUGCUUACGGAUCUUUAUCUCGAGGAUUUCAGCGAGUUACAGUUCCUGGGCAGUAGUAGUCCAUUGACAUGCCUUUGUUCAGCUCGAGUUGACACUAAUGAGGGAGGAGGCUCGUACGAUAGCCUGAUUAGGUUACUCACCCAAAUCUCCAAUGUGAAGGAAAUGUGCUUAGACCGGAAAACACUUGAAUUUCUGUCAGCUGGUAAUGAUGUUCAGCGGCUUGUUUUCCCAAAUUUGACGCAUUUGACUAUCCAACCUACUGAAUGGUGCAGCAGCCGGGUUCUGCACUCCCUACUCCACUCAGCCUCCAAAUUACAAUCUCUUGUCAUUAACGUGUGGUUCGCUUAUGGACCAAUGAGGUGGGAGGAGACAGAACCUACUGGUACUCAACAGUGUUUGCAGUCGAGCCUCGAGGAAAUCGAAAUCAAUGCUUUUGACCCACUUGAAGGUGAUGUGAAGAUGGUAGGAUAUUUGCUGAAUGCUGGAGCUGUACUGAAGAAGUUACAUGUCAACUUAUUCUCGGAUCCUACCAAAGAGGAAUGCAAGGAACUUCGGUCACUGCUAAAACUCCCUAGAGAAUCGAGCACUUGUAAAGUUCGCAUUACACUUGUUGGCGAAGAGAACGACAUUAAGCUCGACGAUGAUGGGAUCAAUCUAAGAUGAAGCCGAGGACUAGGACACAUAAAGACUAAGACGGUUCUCGACAAUAUGAAAUGUCGGAUAAAUACGCCAAUGGUUCCCAUUGAUAACGCUCAAGCAAGGUCAAUGAUGUUGCCAAGUAAGAAUAUGGGAUGUCUAAUACCCAUGGCGAGGAUAAUAACUCUAGUUCUGUUGUCUUGCUUUAGAAUUUUCUAAAGUACGUUUUUGUACUUUCUUUUAGCUAAGGGAUUGUAUAUUUGCAAGUUUUACUGCAUUUGGAACUUUCUCCAGGAUGAGCGGUACCAAAAUCGUUUGUUUAUCAUUCGAUUUAUGCCUAUUGAGUGUUGACUAUUAUGGUAGAGAAUUUUUUUC